UCCUUAUUUCUCUAUCAUCUCUGCAACUCUCGUGAUUCUCAUUUAUUUCCUUUCCCCAUCUGUUCAUCGUUCCCUGUUCCCACCAUUAUCAAUGUCAACCCAACCUCGGUCCCUCCAGCCACCAAACCUUCUUCCUUUUUAAAUCUCCUCUCCUAUCUCAAACCUCAAAACCCAUGAUUUGAAAUCAAUGGAAGGCCAUGGACGACACUCGCGGAGGAGAAAGGGAGAUGGUUGCAUAGUCGUCCAGUGUUACACGCCUAGGAGGGUCGUGUCUCGGUUGCUUUCUGGCCUCCGAAGUUCCAAAGGAAAGAGAGUGGUACAAGAUGAAGAAGAUAAUAUUGGAGGGCACCAUUUGGCUUCCUUGAGGUGUUCAACUAAACGCAUCAACGAUAGUAAGCCGUUGGAUGAGAAGCCAGAGACUCCUAGAUUUGAAUCACAAAGCAGAGAAACACCUUUGGAAAUGGGGAUAGGCUCUUUCUUGCUGUAUCUUGUUGUUGCAAGUAAAACUGAGCUAGACAAAAUGACAAACCUGAGAACGCAAAUGGAGACGCUUCUUCUAAACGCCAAAGAAGAAUUGCACAAGAAUGAUGCAUAUCCAAAAGAGACAAGGGGUAACCAGUUUUCUCCUCAAGUCAUUUCGGAUCUGGCUUCAUCCAUUUUCGCAGGGUCAUCAACAAGUGGUCUUCAAGAGGAGAACUCUGAACAUGAGGUCUCAAAACCAGAGGAUAGACAUACAAAGGAUCAGAUACAAAGGCAACACAAACUUAAAGACAACGAGAACCAUGUACCAGAGAUGGUGACAGAUGAAAGAUAUGGAGUCUGUCCGUAUGAACUUGAGAAGAAGCUGCAUGAACUACUAGAGGCAAGGCAACAAGAUGAGUUACUAAAGCUAGAGACUGCUCUGAGUCGUGUUGAGCGCAGACUACAGGAGAAAGAAACCGAGGUUUCAUGGUGGAAAGACGCAGCCCGUCUGCUUGCUCAGCGUGUUCCUGAAUCUUCUCGAGCUGGACUAGAAUGGUGCAACUCGGAAUCUUCUUCCAUAACAUGUUCGGAAGACUCUGGUCCAGUUUCACCUAGAUGAUUUUCUAUAAGAGAAAAUGUCUAGCUUUGCUGUUACAGCUUUAGUGUUUGUGUGAAGUUUGCUUACUGUCUCUGUUCCGUACAUGUCAUACAUACCACUUAAAAUCACUAUCCGAGGUAGUAUAAUUGCAAUGUAUCUCUAUCCAAUCAAAGCUCCUUUAUAAAUUCUACACUGCAUUUUAAAAAUUA